AUGUUUAAUAAUUAUUGUAUCAUUGAAGCCAGCGGCAUUUAAAUAUUGUCAAAUAUUUAAAAACAGAUCGAACUUUUCAAAGCGAAAAAUAUGGCUCAGCAAACUUACGAAUACAAUGUUGACAUGACCUGCGAAGGAUGCUCUAACGCGGUACAAAGAGUUCUUGGAAAAGUGUCAGAUAUUUCCAAACUAACAAUCGAUCUUCCAUCAAAAAAAGUAUUUGUAACGACAAAUCUUGAUCAUAAUCAAAUAUUAGAAUCAAUCAAGAAGACUGGAAAAACAUGUUCAUUUGUCGGUGUUCAAAAAUAAAUAUAGUUGAUGACAAAAUUUCUGCAGUC